GUUCUUCACCUUGAAUCGAAAAACCGAAUAAAUAAAAAAUACUUUUGAUUCAUAUUACAGGAAAAGUGUACCGCAUUGAAAAUUUCUCCUAUUGAAAAACACAUCUGCAGAGCUUAACCAUCGUACAAAUUAUAUUGCAAAUCUACAGCAAGGGAAUUGGAGACACACAGGAAAAGUGAAGCAAGAGGAGCUUAGUGGAAAAUCGAACCACCCCACACGCGAAAAGUGUCCUGAGAAUCGACAGCAGCAGCGCGACCAAGCCGACACACACACCCAGCUUCCGUACAACAACUCCUUCGAGGAUCAGCUGAUUGGUCAAGGCGCCUCCCCCGCCUGCCACCCCCCCGGAGUCAACAUUACGUCCUCAAGCCGGAAACUUUCGGACCUGGUGAUGGCAAAGCGGGCCGCCGGAUUUCUCAUAUUUCGCCGGCUGUGCGAGAGGAUCGAGUACCUGAUGUUGCAGGCCUCGUACGGCCAGCACCACUGGUCUCCGCCCAAGGGUCACGUCGAUCCGGGCGAGGACGACUACAAAACGGCGGUGCGCGAAACCGCCGAGGAGUCCGGCUACCAGGAGGCCGACCUCCGUAUCUACAAGGACCAAACCCGGACGCUCGAGUACAAGGUCAAGGGCCACGACAAAUCGGUCGUGUACUGGCUGGCGGAGCUGACCGACCCGGCCAAGGAGGUGAAGCUGUCCGACGAGCACCAGGAUCUCAAGUGGCUCGAGCGGGACGACGCGAUAGCCAUCGCCGGGUACGAGGACUUUUCCGAGAUGUUGCGAUACUUUGACGACAAGAUCAAGCGCGACCAGCUGUGAAUGGCCCCUUCUGCUUCCGCCGUCCUCAUCGGUGCCCAGCAGAGGUGUGACCUAUCGAAUUGUCCUAUGCCUACCCUCGCCCCCCAUAUAUAUAUUUAACGAGUUUGUGUUUUUCUUCCCCUUUUUCUCUUUAAAAACGGCACAUCUAAAAGAUAUAUUUAAAAAACAAAACUAACGCAAGAAGACAGUGCUGAAAGCCCCCGAAGAUGCUGUUACUAAACAAAGCUCUGUCUUCUUCGCAAGAGCAAAGGAAUAUCGAUUUACAACUUUUUAAAAACAACAAACAAACAAAAAAACAUAAUCCUUACUAUAUUAUAAAAGCUUUUUUGGAAUCGCUCUCGCCGCGCUUUGGAUCGAGUUGGAGAGGGUGGAAAAGCGACUUUAUUAAUGUACUCAUGAAACGAAUGAAAGAACGAAUAGUUGAGUGUGCGUCGUGCGUGUGUGGCAGGCGGUCCUCUGGCAACGGGGAAAGGAAGGGGCUCUAAACUUGUGGCGCCUCACACGCGGCUGGAUUCAGCCCAACAGCCCGAUAAAAAUUAAAAAAGGAACGAAUAAGAAUGGCUUACCAAACAAAAUUGAAAUUUGCAAAAAUGACAAAAAUUUAAGGCUCAGUGAAACGAUGAAUAUUAAUAAAUAUAAAUAUGACUACAAGUGGA